UUUGUUUGAUCAUGUGAUCAUGAAUUGGCUGAGAAUGAGAAUUAUAUCUUGAUUAGUUUAUAUAUAGGCUAUUAUGUUUUAUCGUGUUUUAGUCUAGAUUCUGUUUAUGUAAUAUUUGUACAACUCAGCUUUCAUACAGUACUUCUGUUUUCUAGCUUUGCUUAUGGAUAGAUUGUACUUUUCUUUUGAUGCUAUUGGUGUUUUUUUCUGACAAAGUUUUUUGAUGUGUCUGCAGCAGAAAGCUUUUGAAGAUUAUUACCUCAUCUCAUAUUAUUGCUUAAAAGAUCAAACAUGUCUUUGGAUCAUGAGAUAAACAAGAACGAGGUUGACAUCGUCAUUGGCGCUCUUAACGCUGACCUCACACCCUUCUUGGACACCUGGAGACCCUUCUUCACCGGUUUCCAUCUCAUCAUCGUCAAAGACCCCGAGCUCAAGGAAGAAGAACUCAACAUCCCGCAAGGCUUCGACGUCGACGUCUAUUCGAAGACCGACAUGGAAAAAGUCGUGGGAUCAUCCGAUACCACCGCCAUGUUCUCUGGCUAUUCCUGCAGAUACUUCGGCUACCUCGUGUCUAAAAAGAAGUACAUCGUCUCCAUAGAUGACGAUUGCGUCCCGGCUAAAGACCCCAAAGGGUUCCUGGUGGAUGCUGUGUCUCAGCACGUGGACAACCUCGAGAGACCCGCCACGCCUCUCUUCUUUAAUACGCUGUACGAUCCUUAUCGCGAGGGAGCUGAUUUCGUGCGUGGGUACCCUUUCAGUCUUAGGAGCGGUGUCCCUUGUGCUGCGUCUUGUGGGCUUUGGCUUAACUUGGCUGAUCUCGAUGCUCCGACGCAAGCUCUCAAGACAGAGCAGAGGAACACUUCGUACGUCGAUGCGGUUAUGACUGUACCUUUAAAGGCUAUGCUGCCUAUAAGCGGGAUCAACAUCGCUUUUAACCGUGAGUUGGUGGGUCCGGCUUUGGUGCCUGCGCUUAGGAUAGCUGGAGAAGGGAGAGUGAGAUGGGAGACGCUUGAGGAUGUUUGGUGUGGGAUGUGUCUGAAACAUAUCGUAGAUCAUUUGGGGUAUGGUGUGAAAACUGGACUGCCUUAUGUGUGGAGGAACGAGAGAGGUGAUGCGGUGGAGAGUUUGAAGAAGAAGUGGGAAGGGAUGAAGCUGAUGGAGAAGAGUGUUCCGUUUUUUGAGUCUUUGAAGUUGCCUGAGAGUGCGGUUACCGUUGAGGAUUGUGUGGUUGAGCUUGCUAAAGCGGUGAGAGAGCAGUUGGGUUCAGAUGAUCAUGCCUUCACGCAGGCUGCUGAUGCUAUGGUUAAGUGGGUCCAGCUCUGGAGUUCGGUUAAUUCGAGCGGUUAGAAGUUGAACCAAUGAGUGUUAUCUUCCCGAGGUUAGGUUCGUUUAUAAGCAUCAUCUUUAAACCAAUGCGUGUUAUCUUCCCAAUGAG